UGCUUGCUCCUGCGUCCUGCCACUCCUGCUCGCUGCCGCUGCUUGUUUGUAGUUUGUAGUGUAGUCAUCCAAGUCAUCCUAAUUUUUAACAGAUGGUUUGCUAAACUUCUAAUCAUUAAAUGUGAUUUGAGUAAAGAGUGUCACAAUGUAAAUACCUAAGGCCGUUUAUCUUUCAAUCUGCAAGUACUCACAACUCCUACUUCAACAUCAGCCAUGCCAAACUAUUUGUGUUUGAAUGCAUUGUUUUUCCCCUUAUUAAUCGUCACUUUCACCCAAGGUUUCCUCAUCAGUGAAAAUAAGAAAAGUGGAGAUGUCCAGGGUUUUCCCUGGUUCCCCUUAGAACCAAACCCGCCCUCUGUAGCCGGUCCCAAAAAACUUGACAUGUUCAAGUGGAUCAACGACACCUGUGAUAAUGGAAAGAUGAAUCUCACCGUGGAUUGGGAUUUUUCGCCAGUGAAUUACUCAUGUUUUACAAGUAAGAAGUUGAUUCCUGAUGCAAGUAUCCCAAGUGAAUUGUUUAGCAAAGUUCUGCCUCCUGUCCAUCGGGCUGCUCAUCUUUGUAUGAAUGAAAAAAUUGAAUAUGACACUAACAUCCCUAUGUUCGGAAAUCAUCGACCAGCAUGGGCUAAAUGGGGAGAGUAUGUUUUCUUGCCAAAACAGAGGUGGCUCCAUAACCUAGAGCAUGGAGCUAUUGUAAUGCUGUAUCAUCCGUGCACUCAUCCUGCAUUUGUGAGUGCGCUAAGAGAAAUGGUCACAGGCUGUUUGUAUAGGCACAUUAUUACAGCAGAUAACAGCCUCUCAACAAGUCAUCCUAUGGCGCUGGUUGCUUGGGGCCACAAAAUACUUUUAUCGUAUCCAUCUGAGAAAGUAGUGAAGAACUUCAUCAGACAAUAUGCAAAGAAAGGCCCAGAAGAAACGUCCAGGCAAGGCUACUAUGAUGAACUUUUAAUAAAUCCUUCCAAUAUUGUUACAGACCUUGAUGAUAAGGAACUAUGUCCUGAGAGACAAAAAAAAUAAAUUUGGAAAGAAAAAGAAAAAUCAUAAAAUGUUCCUCAAUGAAUCUAAGACAUACAGUAAUAUUGGAUAACCAUUUUAAGUAUCAUGAAGCUACCUUAUUUUAAGCAAUUUGAUUACUUUUUUCCAUAAGGUCAUUUGUACUUUUUAUUCAAGCUGCGAUUAUUCUACACGGAUAUUUUCUCAUUGAAUUAUUCUUUUCAUCAACUUCCCACCUUCUUAAAAAAAUACCAUGAGCCACUUAUUGACAGUUUAAUAUAAUGGAACCAAAUUGAUUCCUGCAUUAAGCUCUUCAGCACUUAGGAGUAUUGAAAGAAGCAACCUCUUUGACAGUCAAUUUUAAUGAAGAAAAUUAGUGGAAUCUUUCUAUCCUCAGAGUAUGUCUGAGGAUAUUUCUUUUGUUCUUAAGGGCAAGCAAUAGGAGACAUAAGUCAUGAUAACUUCUUUUCAAAUUUAUGUCCUUACAAACACUGUAAAAUGCUUAAAUGUAAAUGUAGGUUUACUCUAUUCUCUGAAGGUGAUACCAAAUCUGCGUAAAAACUGGCUCAUCAUUUUGCUUCAUUACUUUUAAACAGUUUCAAACUGUAUCUUCUUACUUUAGAUUGUUGUCGCAGGCUGCUUUAUCGUCUUUAUCACAAUGAAGCAAAAAAGACAUUGUUUUAUACAUUAGAACCCAUUAAGGUUAGUGUGAUUGUUUUGUUAUUUUUAUACGCUUAAUUAUAUCAUGUUACAUUUUGUUGACUUAGAGAUUCAUUAAACAGUUUCUUGGACCAGUUUAAUUUUUGUUGCAUUUUUCAGUUUAAAAAAUAGCAAGUAAAUCACAAUCAAAACUUGAAUUAAAAGGAUCAGGGCAAAGUAAUGCUAUUGGUAGCCUUUCAAUAGGAUUAGCAACACAAGGGAGAUGACAGAUCUGAGAGUGGAGUGGAUCAUAGUGGAGAAAAUGUUGGUCAUCACUGUUUCUUGAGGCUACUAACUUCCGCUAUAGAGAAGUCUAUUAUGGUGAAUGACAUUAUUUUGCCCUGACUUUUUCGAUUCAUUUUCACUUGCAUUUUGAACCUGCAAGUUCAGUAGUCAGUUGAUUCUCUUAUGUAAUUUGAGAAAAGACGUUUCUUGGAUGUUCCUUGAAUAAAUGUUUUGAUUCCGAAAA